UCGCGCGGCUCUCGCCGAGAAAAACCAAAACGACACCAUCAUCAAUCAGUCAUACUACCGUCAUCGUCACAUCAGCAGCAGCAGCAACAAAAAAUCUCGGGAAAAACUGCAUUGGAGAGGAAAAUCUUCUGCGUGUGCGGUGAGGAAAAAUCGUUUCGGAUUGGUGCUAGUUUUCCGGUUCGAAUCGACGACAAACGGGGGUGUCCUUCAACGUCAGCUCAGCGGAUGCGGGGAGCAAACCCGAAUAACGGUACUCCGGGUUUCAUCGUAGCGAGCUGCCCUGUGGAAAGUGAAAAUUUUUGUCACCCACCGAGAAGGGCAAAGAAGAAAAGUUACUGCGUGAAAGAUCAUUGAUAACGGGGCGGUCGGAAGAGACGGAGUGUUGUGGGGCGACUGUUUUUCCCUCCGUGAGUUCUCUGUUGGUGGUGCAAUAAUUAGUUUGUCAUCUACCUACGUUCUUGAGUUGCAGCAGCAGCAGCGGUCAGUGUUUGUAAUGUUGUUUUGCACUUACGUGUCAAUAUUGGCUUGGUAGAAAAUCGCUGGAGGUUCUCUAAAGGCAUCGCAUUCGGUCGUGAGGCAGAGAUCAGCGGAAUGCGAAGCAGUUUAGUGGCACGACUUGAAGGAAAACAAAGUUGAGUCGAUGUGAGCAGUAGUGAUUCUUGGAAGAGUAGUUUUUCCGUCGUGUGAAGCACUGAUAGAAGAAGAUACACAAGAAAGGGGCGCAAGUUGUCCGCAAUAAAGAAAAAGGUCAUAAUCUUACGUAAGGUCGUUCGAUUCAUCUUCGAUUGUGGCUCGGUGAAUUCGCUGGAGAAGAAGUGAGAAACCAUAAGCAGAUAGAGGAUACAAACCGCAAAGCUCGAGAAGGAUGUCCUUCGUCAGCGGAACGACCGACACCGAGGCGGCUCAAAAGUUUCUGGAAGUGCUGCAGAAUGAUUUCCGCAACCUUUCGCUGGAGACGAAGAAAAAGUACCCGCAGAUUAAAGAGUCAUGCGAGGAAGCGAUACUGAAGCUGAAAACGGCCGCCGCUAAUCCCCAGACACCGGUCUACUAUGUGGUCAACCAGAUUCUCUACCCGCUGGUGCAGGGCUGCGAGUCGAAGGAUGUCAAGAUUAUCAAAUUCUGCCUCGGGAUGAUGCAACGGUUGAUCACCCAGCAGGUGGUGGACCAGAAAGGAGCCCGCUACAUCACCGACACCUUGUGGAUGCUGAUGGAGAACGGCACCGAGGAGGUCAAAGUACUGCAAAGUGUGACGCUCCUGCUGACGACCAACACCGUGGUUCACGGGGAAACGCUGGCCAAAACCUUGGUGCUCUGCUUCCGGUUACACUUCACAAAGGAUUCCACAACGAUCAAUACGGCCGGUGCCACGGUGCGGCAGCUGGUUUCACUCGUGUUCGAGCGGGUGGUGGCAGAGGAAGCGGAAGCGGAAGCCAAUCAAGACGAGAAAAGGGAGGUAAACUUGGAAGAGCUUAAAUUAGCGACGGGAGUCGCCCCCAAGGGCUUGAGACCAUGUGCAGCGGAUGCCUUUCUGCUGUUUCAGGACUUGGUCCAGCUGGUCAACGCAGAUCAACCCUAUUGGUUGCUCGGUAUGACCGAAAUGACACGCACAUUCGGCCUGGAGCUGUUGGAAUCGGUAUUAACUCAGUAUACGUCCGUGUUCUAUAAGAAUCCGGAAUUUUCGUUCCUACUGAAGGAACGUGUUUGUGCCCUAGUCAUUAAGCUGUUCUCGCCUAACAUAAAGUAUCGAUCCAUGGCUCCGCAGAAUGCCCAAGCCACGGCACCGCACGAUAAGCCCUACUUCCCUAUUAGUAUGAGACUGCUACGGGUCGUUUCGAUCCUGAUCCAGAAGUACCACAGUCUGCUGGUUACGGAGUGCGAGAUAUUCCUGUCGUUGAUUGUUAAAUUCCUAGAUCCGGACAAACCUUCCUGGCAGCGGUCACUUGCUCUGGAAGUACUGCACAAGAUGACAGUCCAACCGGAACUGUUGAUCUCUUUCUGCCGCUGUUACGAUCUUAAAGAUCAUGCCACCAAUAUUUUCCAAGACAUCAUCAACUCCCUCGGGACGUAUGUGCAGAGUUUGUUCGUCAACAGUCAGCUAUUGAAUAGUUCCGUUGGUGGAACUCAGGGUCAACCGGCGGCCCUGAUAGGAGGUCUACCGGUAGGACCGGGAAUUUCUCCUCAACCGGGUUUCUUGUUCCGUGGAGUAUUCCUCCCGUUGGUGGUCAUUUUCCCGACCGGCCAGUCAAAAUCAACCUUCCUGGAAAUGCUGGAUAAGAUGGAGCCUCCGCCGAUCCCGGACGGAUACGGAAUAUCGGUGGCUUAUGCUUGCCUUCUAGACAUCGUUCGAUCGAUCUCCCUCUCAAUCCAAGGACCUUCCCAACUGGGCGAUGAAAAUCUAACCCCUUACAAGAACCGUGUGACGGAGGACGAAAAGGCUCUACACAUCCAACUGAUCUACUCCAGUUGGUUGGGACUCCUGUCCGCCUUGGGACCCCUCAUCGAUGCUGCCACCGAUGAAUCCACCACAGAAAACAUCCUGAAAGCCAUUCAAAACUUUGCCGCUCUGUGUGGCCUGUUGGAGCUGCACACCCCUCGGGAUGCCUUCAUUACAGCGCUAUGUCGGGCUUCACUUCCGCCACACUAUGCCUUAUCAGUGCUGAACGUCAACUACCAGGGCAAUCAGUUUAAAUCGCACUCCCGAGGUGGAAGUCAGGACAUGGGAAACAUGUUCCUUGGCUCGUACGGGGACGCAGAUCAACAGCAGCAGCAGCGUCAUCCAGUGGUCGCCGUUGGCACUCCGCUCCCGACUUCAUCGCUUCCCGUGGGAGCCCAUCAAGGCCCAGUUCUGUUGACGGUCAAGAACCUCCAGUGCAUGAGAUCCGUUCUGCACCUAGCACAUUGCCACGGAGGAAUACUCGGCAGCUCGUGGCAUAUCGUUCUGACGACCCUGCAGCAUUUGGCCUGGAUUCUAGGCUUGAAACCAUCUACCGGAGGCAGUCUACAGGCCGUUCAGAAACCGCCAACCGACUCCAACUCGAUAACACAGGUCAUGACCGAUCUGCCGGUGCUGUCCCAGAUGUUGAGUCAGUUGUUUGAAUCAAGCCAAUACUUAGAUGACGUUGCUCUCCACCACUUGAUCGAUGCCCUCUGUAAACUUUCCCACGAAGCCAUGGAGCUGGCCUACAACAAUCGAGAACCGUCUCUGUUUGCCGUGGCUAAACUGCUGGAGACGGGACUGGUCAACCUAAACCGCAUUGAAGUCCUAUGGCGUCCGUUGACGAACCACUUGCUGGAAAUCUGCCAACAUCCUCACAUCAGGAUGCGAGAGUGGGGCGUUGAAGCGAUCACCUAUCUCGUCAAGGCAGCCUUGCAAUACAAAUACGAAAAACCCCUGAAGGAAAACCUGAAACUUCAGACGCUUCUUCUAGGGCCUCUCUCGGAACUGUCCUCGGUUCCGCACGGUGAUGUCCGUCAACGGCAGUUGGAGUGUGUUCUGCAGGUUUUGAAUGGAGCCGGAGAAACCCUAUCCCAUGGAUGGCCUCUGGUCUUGGGGAUAAUCGGUGCAGUCAACGAUCACCACGGAGAAGCCCUGAUCCGGAUUGCCUUCCAGUGUCUACAGCUGGUCGUAACGGAUUUUCUCCCGGUGAUGCCAUGGCGUUGUCUGCCUCUUUGCGUCAACACGGCCGCCAAGUUUGGAUCCCAGAUGCAGGAGCUGAACAUCUCGCUUACCGCCGUUGGAUUGAUGUGGAACAUCUCGGACUACUUCAACCAGAACCAGGAAAAGCUGUCGCAAACAGUGUGCGACGAUACGUCGGUCUUGCCGGACUUCCCCGGAACGCUGAAUAUGCCCCACUUCGAUCGACUGUGGAUGUGCCUGUACGCGCGGCUUGGUGAUCUGUGCGUCGAUCCACGACCAGCGGUUCGCAAGUCGGCUGGGCAGACUCUGUUCUCGACGAUUUCCGCCCACGGAAAUCUACUGAAUCCGCCCACCUGGCAAGCGGUCCUCUGGCAGGUGCUGUUCCCACUGUUGGACAAGGUUCGAGCCCUGUCCAGCUGUGCCAGCAGCGAGAAGGUCGACACAAGUGGGAACAUUCUGAUACACCACUCGCGGAACACGGCCCAGAAACAGUGGGCAGAGACGCAGGUCCUGACUCUGUCCGGAGUUUCCAGGGUCUUCAACACCAAGCGAGCUCUGCUGCAGAUGCUCGGUGAUUUCCCACGCGCCUGGGCGCUUCUGCUGGAGUUCAUCGAGAAUUCCGCCCUUAGCAAGAGCAACGAAGUGUCGUUGGCGGCGUUGAAGUCAUUCCAGGAGAUACUAUACAAUCGGCCAACGUCCUGUUCAGCGGAUGCAGACACCAUCCCAAAAGUCCCGUCUAAGGAUGCGGCGGAAAAAUCCGCCGCCGAAGAGAUCGACAUCUGGAACGUUGCAUGGCGAGUCUGGUUGAACAUUGGAGCUGAGAGCACAAAGCCUCCGUCGCUUGCCAGCGUUGAUGGUCACGACAAGAAUGGGGACGAGAUCUACAUCCCCAGCCAGGCAUUCCUUACGGCGCUGGUGCAGAUCUUUCCGGCAUUGUUCCAGCACAUUCGAUCCCGUUUCAGCAAUAAGGACCUCACGCAGCUGUGCAUGGUGCUGAUGAAUGCGGUGGCCGUUCCGGUGCACAGUGAUUCGACUCCGUACAUCAUGUCGACCAUUUCGGAUUCGCUGCUAACUCCGUUGCACGAUGGAGUUCUGGAUUGUAUGGAGCUGCUGCAGAAGGAAGCCAUUGGCGGUAAGGACGGGCUGAAGCACAUGAUAUCGGCAAUCUUCAAGCAGCUGUUGAGCUUCAGCAAGUUUGCGUGUGUUCCACCGUCAUUCGAUCGGAUUGAGACGAGACCUAUCAAGUCAACUCGUUCGGGAAGCGGUGGCGUUUCGCAUCAGCUUCCGGCGGGUAAUGGCGUCGAAUGGGUCAGCAUGAAUUACAUUCCUUUUGGAGAGAAGGCUUUAACGGUGGCGGUCAAACUGUAUCAACAGACGGCUAGCGACGAGGCCGUUGUCGAAGGUCAGAUCCUGCAUGAGAUCAUCAAAGCGUUGCACCUGCCAUUGUCCCUCAAGUACAAGUGUAUGUCGGCUAGCACAUGGAAGCUGGCCAUCUCCAGUUUGAUGACCGCGCUACACACUGGCCUGCCAGUUGCUCGAAAGCACACAAAGCAGUUCGCCGCCAUGUGGAAGGAUCUGUCCGAUACGCUAGAUCAGUUCCUGUUUCCUAAGAGUGUUUGCAUUGUGGAGGACCGUGGCCUGGACGAGCUGGUUCUGGACGAGACGAUCGACUGUCAGGUGAUUGAGUUGAUACGCGACGAAAUCCUCCCACAUAGCCACGAAAUCCCGCAGCAGUUCAUUCUGGAUGCGGUGGUCCUGCUGAACAAGGGUUCGAUCCAUUCGGCCACCACCGGUAGUACACCGUUUGCGGGUUGUGAGACGGAACUGAAGCUGCGUGAGGAAUUUGCCAAGACAUGCUUCGAAACAUUGCUGCAGUUUUCGCUGCUGGACGAUGGAAUUGCUGGGGUAGCUGCGGCAGCAGCAGCCGAAGAGGGAAGCAAUAAGGUGAACAAUAACAACGGGAAAGACUCGGCAGGGGCGACCGUCCUCGGAGGAACCGGAGAAGGUGGUAUCGCGGGACGAUUGGCCAUUACGGCGCUGCUGCAUCGGUUCGAGGAGGUGCUUCGGAAGUUUAACGAUGACGAGCGGUUGAGCGGGAAGUUUCCACUGCCGAGAUAUCGACUCUCGGAGAUUUCGUUUGUGCUAAAAGCUGUGGCCACUCUUGUGAUAUCGAUGAAGAAGGCGCCCCCGGCAAAAGUGGGCACUACCGCCUGGGAACAGCUGAUCGGAUUGUACCCGUACCUGGUCGAGUGUACCACGACAUCCUCGGCGGAGGUGUCUCGUUCCCUGCGGGAAGCUCUGCUCCAGUAUUGUGAUCUUUUGCGGCCACCCGCGUCGGCAAUCGCUAUCUCGACAAGCAGCUCCGCUGGUCGGAUGGAGAACAACAACAAGCUGGCAAACACCAAUGGCAUCAGCCACUGUUAGCUGGUUUCUUUUCCAGCCGGAGGUUUCUACUUUCUGCUGCAGCAGUACGAUUCCGGUUUGCUGGUCAAGAUUGUUUUCUAAGGGUAAGUUUCUCAUUCGCCUUUCGUUCGUGUAAGAUAAAGCUUUUCCUCCCGCAAUUUUCCCGAUACCGUUUAGUUAUGUUUUCGAAAAAUGAUAACAAAUCGUGGAACAUGUUUGUAAAAAUCAUAUGAAAUUUAUUUAUACCUUUAUGGUUAAACUACAAAGAGUAAUUUUAUUAUAAGCAGAAGUAGUACUAGAUUCCUCUAACCUACUAUAUAGUUACUAUACCUUAAGUACGACAUGUGCAAAACUAUGCUCGGUAGUCAAUGUUUAAGUAAAUGAAAUUGUGAUUAAAGCUAUUUUUUCUACAACCUAAGCAAAACAGAACGAUACGAGUAAGAAGAACUCCACAUUGAAGCUUUCGCGCUUUCUAUCGACACCUUUUUUAAUUUCUUAAAAGGGGAAAACGAGUUCAGCUUUAAUAUUAUUUUCUUUCUUCUCAAAUUCCAAGGAAAGUAUCACGUAUUCCAAACAGCGUUCUUAAUAAUCAAACAAUAUCCAUUCGUAAUUCAACCGACCGUAGAGUGUUAAAUAGCGUUAUCAGUUGCUGCUAGAGUCAUAAAAUAUCCCAAACAUUAGAAGGUAAUAGUGCCAAUUUUAAAACUCUUCUAGAAACCUACAUAAAUUAAAUUAUAUGCUACUCUUAGUUCCUGUUUCCCUAGCAAUUUUGGAUGUCGACUUGAGAUUGCAAUUUUAGCACAACCCACUAAAAAUGAAGAAGAUUACACAUACUACCUAGCUCCGCAAUAGUCUUAUUUCACUACUCCACUUUCUUUCUUGAAAACCGGUGAAAACACCAUCACAGAACGUUCAUUCUGAACAACUCACUCGCACACACCCAAAAGAAGAAGGUUCAAUCGCAUGGUUGUGUUUUAAGAUAGAACCGAAGGCUGGUUGGAUCAACGCAGAACAGCAGAUCAAUCCGUGCCGAUUUUUAACUUUAGCCUAAUUAAACUACCUAUACCUGUUUGUAACCUUAGAGGAAGUGGGGGUGCAAAAUUACAGGCACAAUGGACAACAUAGAUGACACACUCACUCAUUCACAGACACAUUCACAAGCAUAAGCGAGAAGCAAAGUAAAUUAAACACAGAUUUGAGGUUAAUGAAUCAGAAAAAAAUAACAAGAAAACAAAAAACGAUACAAUAAGAAGAAACGAAUUUAUAUUGAGCGUAUAUAAUUCUGAAAGUUUAAUAAAAUGGUUCUUCUGCAUGAUUCUAAGCAUGAA